GAUGCUGCCGUGAUUCCCGGGAUGCUGCCGUGAUUCUGGGAUGCUGCCGUGAUUCUGGGAUGCUGCCGUGAUUCCCGGGGAUGCUGCCGUGAUUCUGGGGGUGCUGCUCCUUGACCCGGCAGGGAGAAAGUGCCCCAGCUGCCUGUCAGGGAUCCUGCCGGGGUGCAGAACAGAGUUAGUCGAUGUCGCAAGCUGUUAGCCAGGGUUUCAGCAUUAACCUGUGCUUUCACAAAUUCAGAGCUUUCACAAAACCCAGGCAAAGUGAGAUUUGGUGGUGUGACUAUUUGAGGUGUUGCAAAGUUCCUGUUACUCGCUUCUUGUCUUCCUCUGGUGUUUCUCAUCUUCCUUUUUUCUCAGGGUGAUGAGCCAUGGCUGAUCCUCUGUCCAAAUCCGACCUUGCAGCUCUUUUUGGAGGUGAUCUGUCCUACUUUGAGCUGGGUCAUGGAACCUUUGGACAGACAGUGCUGUCUAAUCCUAAAACAGGAGUUGAUCUCUGUGAGGUGUGGUGCAGUCUGCCUGUGGAAAAAUUAAGGGAAUAUUGCAACGUGAUUAAAGUCAGAAUAUUCUGGUCUCUGCUCUUCAUCAGGGAAAGCACUUCCUUCAUGGAUGAAUAUGGUCUGCUGUUUAUGACCUGUGGCAUGAAGACAAUCUGUAUGUGCAAUGUUUUGGAAGCCCUUGCUGAUUUAAUUAAAAAAGUUGUUAACAUCCCCCAUUUUAUCAGUGGCAUCCUGAGGAUUGGCAGUGGAAUAGAAAAUGGUGUGUUCCACCUUGCAGAAGCCCUGGAUUGGGUCAGGUGUGUGGGGGAUUCCAAAAUCCUGCAGGACCUGGAGCAGCUGGGGGACCGUGGCCGCAUCAAACUUGCCAUGCUUUUUUCUGAGUGGAAAAUUUACAUCACCAGAGUGGUGCUGGAAGGUGCUGAUUUAGUGGAAGAAUUGAAUGCUCUGACCUGUGAGAGCUCCAGGAAGAGAAGUGAAUCCAUGAAGCAGAAAGGAAAUGCAGAAUUUUCCCAAGGAGCCCUGGGCUGUGCCAUCGUGUCCUACACCAAAGCCAUCGAGUUUUGCCCUACAAACCAUCUCCUGUAUGGAAACAGAGCUCUGUGUUUCAUCCUCACCAGGCAGUACGAGAGAGCUGUAAUUGAUGGAAAAAGAGCCAUAAUUCUCAAGCCUGAUUGGCCAAAGGGUCACCAUCACUUCUGCAAAGCCCUGGCCCUGCUGGGCAUGGCUGAGCUGGCCCUGGAGGCCAACGAGAGAGCCCAGGAGCUGUGCAGGGACUGCCCAGAGGGGCUCAGGGAGCUCCUCCAGCAGAAAGAAAAACUGAAGAAAACCCUGCAGGAAACCCGUGGUACUAAACAUAAACAGAAGGCAAGGAAGCCUCUGCUCGAGAAAAAGGAUUGCACUUCCUCAAAAUCUCCUUCAAGGAUGUGCCAGGAGCAGAAAGGAGCAGAGAAAGGGAGGAAGAGGAGCCAGGCUGAGCCCAGACAGCCCCAGGGACCUCACAAAGCCCCGGCCAAGGUGCCUGAGCCCCAGGGAACUGAAGGCAAAGUUUCCACGCUGGAGCAGCCUCCAAACCAAAGUCAGCAAAACAAACGAAAGCCAAAAACCAAAACUUGUGAAACUUAUGAAAAGAUAAGGGAUCCUGUGGAUUUGAAGGGGGAGUCUAAAGCCAUGGAGGAUAAAAGUUUCUGUGCUGUGCCACAGGUGGAUUUCAGUGCAGAUGUAAAAUGCCCUGGGCUGGAGGGUGGUGCAGCCUUGGUGGACAGGGAUGGACCAAUUUUAUUUCCCCUGCUGAGAGCCUUAAAUACUCCAGAAUUCACGGUGGAUUUCAACACUCUGCCCGAGGAUGUGAAGUCCCUGGCUCGGGAUGGCUGCAGAGCCCUGCUGGAGCAGCAGUGCCAUGGAGCUGAAAGAGCAUUUUCCCAACUCCUGAGCAUCCUGUGCACCUCAGGAUUUUCGUAUGUGAAUGUUCUUAAUAUUAAUUAUGUUAUAUUCCUCUAUGGACAUGCCACUGCCCUCCUGGGAAUGGGACACCCUGAGGCAUUGACAAAGGCUGAACAUCAGUUUAAGAAAAUAAUUGAGGAACAUCCAGAAGAAAGUUGUUUUUGUUUGGCACACUAUGGAAUUGGAAAAGUUUACCUCAGGCAAAACAGGUUUGCUCAUGCCCUGGACCAAUUCCUGACUGCAAAGCUGAUGAUUGAUUUCAAGAUUGUCCCUGGAGUUUUAACCUGGCCAGGAACAACCCAGGUCAUCGAGGAGACACGAAUAGAGACUUUACAGAUGGCUUUAAGGAAUUGUAUUGAGGAAUGUAAAUUCCCUCCAGAGCCUGAUGCUGUUUGUCGAUAUCAGCAGUGCCAUGGCUACUCCAAAAUCCAAAUAUAUUUUACAGACCCAGACUUUAAGGGUUUUAUACGUGUUAUUUGCUGCCAGCAGUGCAGAGUGGAGUUCCACAUCAGCUGCUGGAAAAAGCUGAAAACAACGAGCUACAGUGAUAAAAAUGAUAAGGAUUUCCUUAAGGAAAUGUGUUUUACUCCUGAUUGUAAAGGCCUUAUUUCAAAAAUAGUUAUUUUCAGUUCUUCUGGGCUGGUAAAAUGUGAAUUUGAACAAAAAAUCCCAAAACUCAAGGAACCACCAAGGGCUUGUAUAAAACAGAAAUGUUCAAGUCUUAGGAAGAUAAAAAUGAAACAAGAAAAAAAACUGCGGCGAAAACGAGCGCGAGAAGAGGCCAGGAAUUCUGCCAGGAAAAAAGCUGAGGAAAACCAGGAGGGAAAUGAAGAAUCCCAGUACAGUCAGCACAGGGGUUAUGGCCAGGAUUUAUAUGCUGGGGACCAGGUGCUGCAGCACAUCCAGAGGAAUUCCCAGCAGAUCCAAGCUGCUGUCCCUGACACUGCCCAGUUAUUAAAGGAAUUACUGGAGUGGGGUGUGAUCAGACAGGAAGAUUUCACCUCUUAUUCCCAAAUGAAUGGCACUUCCCAGGAGGUGCUGGAGCAGCUCAUCAGUUCCUUAAUCCAGGAGAAAUCUCGAGUGCAGAGCAGGGGAUUCCUGCACGUGCUGAGCCAGCUGGGACAGGUGGAUCCCAAGGUGCACAAGUGGCUGCAGCACCUGGAUCACCUGGGUCUGACAGCUACAAAAAACUUUAUCCUUCAAUAUGGCCAAGUUCUGCAAGAGCUUGACCUUUCUAUUUUAACCCCACUGUGGAACCAGAAAUAUGGAAAUAAAUUUGAUUAUGUGGCAGCUGAUGGUGAAAAGCAAGAAAUUUGUGAUUAUUUCCUCAGCCCUCCCCUAGAGAAAUCCCGUUGUUUUAUAUGGCUUUUAGAAGAAAACAGAGAACAUUUUCCAGGCCUCCAUCAAGCUUUAGAUGAAUUCUUUGAUAAAAUGGAUGACCCAACCAUUAUAUUAAAGAAGCAGGGAAAUGAGAAUUUAUCAAAUAAUGAAAUCAAAGUUAAAAACAAAAACAGGAAGAAGAAUUUGAAAGAUUCAAAGUCUAUUUUAGUAUUAUCCAGUGGAGUUAGUACAGCACCACGAGAAGAAGAGAAGAUAUUUAUAGAAGAAAAUAAUUUGUACAGAGAUUUUCCAAAUGAACCCUUUGUAAUUCCAGAAUAUCUCCGGGAGCAAGUGGAGGAAUUCGAAGCUCUCUAUAAUGAUUCAAAUAGUAACAAUUAUCAGAUUAAUAAUAAUAAUAAUGCAGAUCCAAUCUGUGAGAAUUUAUAUGAUUAUUUCUCUCAAAUUUUGGAAGCACAUGGCCCUCUGGAGAUGAAUAAUAAAUUACUGGUUGGGGAAUAUGAGAAUUUCCCAGAGGAAACUCGGAAGGUGGUGGAAGACGCCGGCGGCCUGGAGCCCUUCCUGCUGAAAUCCCUUCGUUUCAUUAUGGUGGAAAAUCUCAUUGGGUUAAGGAAGCACUCGGUGCUUUUCCAAGGAAAUCCAAGCAGAAAUGAGGCUGGGAAUAAAAAGGAAAAUGAAGAAUUCCAAGGGAAUUCCUCGCAAAGCAAGCUGCCUUUGAAUCCCUACGCCCAGGAAUUCAAGCCUCUAAAGUCGUAUCUUUUAUCAGCACCUCCUGAUUUAUCAGAUUAUGAGACCCCACCGUAUUUACCCUGCUCCUUCCCUGCCCCUUGCCCAGCUGGAAAUCCUCUGGAAAAUGAAAAUAUUGAUUCCAUGGAGAGCCAGACACCAAUUCCUGGCGUUUUACUGAAGGCCUUCGAGCCUGCAGGCCCGGCUUUGUUUUUACCUCAGAGCUCCUGGGGUUAUCAAUAUGGAAUAUUGCCCCUUCCUGCUGCCCUGGCACAGCCUGGAUUUAUUUAUGCUGAUCCUGCAGCUCCUCAGGAUAAUCGGGAAUCAGCAAUUCCAGGUGGAAAAUUCAGCCCUGAGGGGUUUGUGCCCGGUGAAAUGCAGGAGUGCAAAGAGCAGUGGGGCUGCCUGGAAAACGGAGAUAAGGAGGAUUCUGCUCUGCCAAAUGCUACAGAUGGAGCUGAGGGUGGUGUUAAAAAAGGAAAAGGAAAGAGAAAUAAAACUGGGAUGAAGAGCAAUCCUCACACGAGGAUGGUGGCUGUUCAGGUAAAUCAGGAAGUUGCUGAUAGGGAAACCAAUACUUUGCCUUUCCAUCCAUUUGAAAACCAACAAGGAGAUAUUCUCCGUAUGGGAAAGGAGCACCAGGUAUUGAAAGAACAACUCAAAGAAGCAGAGGAGAAAUUUGAGCAGUUACAAAGCAGGAGCUUGGAGGAAAUCGGUGCUUUGGAAGAACUCCUGAAAAAAAGUAUUGAAGAGACUGAGGUGUCCCAGAACGAGCUGGAUUGGUUCCACCAAGACUCAGAAACACAAAUGAAGAAAUGGCAGCAGGAGAAGAAAGAAAAUCGAGAGAACUUAAAAGCACUGAGGGGCACAGCUAAAAAACACUCAGACACCAAUGAGAGGUAUUUGAAGGCCAUUGAUGACAAGGAAAAGCAAUAUAAUGUGUGUUUAAAUGCAUUUCUGGAGACCAGUAAUAAAUUUGCUAGUGAGAAAGGCAAAUUGGAAGAGCUGAUAAAAAAGAGUCAAGAUGACAGCCAGGAGUGUGAGAAAAGAGCUGUUAAAGCAGAGGUCUCAGUGCUUCAGACCUGGAAGGAAACUGAAGUCUGGAAGCUCAAAGGCACCAUUGCCAAGGCAGAAGGAAAUCUCAGGAUGCUGAAGGCACUGAGCAGCAGCUCAGCUUCAGCAGCUCCUGUGUUGAAGUCCCAGAUUGAUUCCUGGGAAAUAUUUCUUUCAAAUGUCAAGAAACAACUGGAAAAAGUCGAGGCUGAGUAUGAAGAAAAAAUUGAGCUGGUGAAAAACGGUGCCCGGGAUUGCCUGAGUAAAGUGGAAAUCGUGGAUUUUCCUUGUCCUCAGGCACUUGUUACAAUACCAGGCAGAUCUCCCUUGUGUGACCCUGCCAUUGUCACCUAUUCCUCAGCAUCUGCACAUCCCACUGCCCUUCCUGCAUUUUUGACUUCUGAUGGAAAAGCUCCAGCCCAGCCUCCACUGCAAGCACAGACUGGAGCUAAGCCAGCACCUGUCACCUCUGAGGCGUCUUCAGCAGCUGGGAAAACACAUCCCAAAGCUCCAGAGGGAUCACAUUCCAAUAAACUCCCACCAUCCUGCCCAUCAGGGAUUUCUGGAAGUAACUCCCACCAUGUCCAGCCCAGCCAGACCCACCAAGAUCCUUCAGCUCUGCAACAGAGACCUUUUGGAAUUCUAAACAACAAAAAGCUUCCAGAAAGAAUUGCCAAGAUUUUUGCCCAGCUCCAGAGUAUAUUCCCAAACUACAGCAGCUUAGAGCUCCUUGCCUUCAUCAAGGACGUGCAGAGGAGAAAUGAGAACAGGGUGGCAGACCUGAGCCCGGAUGAAAUCCUCAGCCAGGUCAUGGAGCUCAUCCUGGACCAGCAGCCCAAGGCAGCACCUCCAGCAGGCAGAGCCGUGCCUGCCCCAGCCCCAGCACGGAGCAGGGAAGUGCCCGUGGAAGGAACCACCCCCGGCUCUCCCCGGGCAGCACCCGCCCCUAAAACCUCCUCCAGUAAAAACCCCUCUCAGCCAAACCUGCAGCCCUGGGGAAACGCUGGAGCUAUACCCAAAGCCAAAUGGAAAAAGCAGGACAAUGGUGCCUCCAGUGAGGAUCCCUGCACCAUCUGUCACGAUGAGCUGAGCAAAGACUGCUGUGAGCUCGAGUGUGGCCAUCACUUCCACAGAGAGUGCAUCCGAACGUGGCUCAAGCAGCAUUCCAGCACCUGCCCCAUCUGCCGUGUCCAUGCUCUGCUUCCUGAGGAUUUCCCUGAGCUUCCUGCAUGGAACAAGUACAGCUGAACCUGCUUUUACCUCCACACUUCAGAAUUAAAAGAUCCAAAAGGGCUGCAGCACAACCCCAGUGCUGGGGGGCAGCACAGAACCCCUGGGCUUCAUUGGCCAUGGGAACAACCUCGGGAUUUGGCACUUGGUAUUAAGCCACAAUCCAAGAUAAGGGAUUUCUCCUAAAGCUGUGGAGUUCAGGGCUGGCAGCACACAAAACCAGUGGAUUUUUGGCUAAGGGACACUGAAAAUACCAAAUAAUUUUAUCUGAAAGGGCCAGCGCGUAAUUCCUAUGAAGAGAGGGCUUGUCCCUCAGAUUUUUCCAAUAUCAAGUAGGUGACCCAAAGGAUGAACCAACAGAAUUGGAAACCAAGACAUUCCCUUCCUCUGGAAUAAACAAUUCAGGAUUCAAGCCUGGUGUGGUCUUUGUAGCUCCUCUCUCUGCAUAAAUCCACAGCUGAGAAUUCAAAUUGUUUAAAUAAUGACUUUUACAUUUUGAAGCAAGAAUUUUAAAUUAAUCAUGUGGAUCAAUUCUUUAAUUUCAAAAU